UCGCCCAAACACAGCGGAGGCGCGAGUCUGGAGACGCGUUCAAAACUAUUUUCAAGAACCUCGAUUAAAUGGACGGUUGUGGACAAAUGUGAACAUUAAAUAUGACUUAGGUUCGCGUAUUAAUCGGGUCUGUGUGUUGCUGCCGCCAUGACACAGUCAGUUGUUGUCCAAGUCGGACAGUGUGGCAACCAGGUUGGCUGCAGGUUCUGGGAUCUUGCUUUGCGAGAACACGCCCAUGUCAAUAAAAAAGGGUUGUAUGAUGAAGCCCUCAGCAGCUUUUUCCGAAAUGUGGACUCGAGGAAAAGUGAUGGGGGAGCCUGUGGCGUCGGUGGGAGAAUCCAACAUCUGAAGGCCAGGGCGGUGCUGGUGGACAUGGAGGAGGGUGUGGUCAAUGAGAUCCUGCAGGGCCCGCUGAGAGAAGUGUUCGACAGCACUCAGCUCCUCACAGACGUGUCAGGUUCAGGCAACAACUGGGCGGUCGGACACAUGACGUAUGGCUCAGCCUACAGGGAACAGAUAGUGGAUAAGCUGAGGAAGGCAGCGGAACACUGUGACUGUCUGCAGUGCUUCUUUCUCAUACACUCUAUGGGAGGAGGUACGGGCUCUGGCCUGGGCACCAGAGUGCUGAGCCUGCUGGAGGAGGAGUUCCCUGAGGUGUGUCGAAUUGUCACCUCCAUCUAUCCAUCUGCGGAGGACGAUGUCAUCACCUCUCCCUACAACAGCGUCCUGGCCAUGAGCGAGCUCACAGAGCACGCUGACUGUGUCCUCCCGAUUGAAAACCAGUCGUUGGUGGACAUUGUGGACAAGAUCAAACGUAUGUCUCACAGUGGAAAGCCAGGGUCGGUGAUCAAGAGAGACAGCACCAUCAUCUCUGGGCAGGGCGCGCUCAGUGGGGCGGAGAAGCCCUUUGAUGCCAUGAAUAACAUUGUGGCUAACCUGUUGCUCAAUAUUACCAGCUCAGCCCGUUUUGAGGGCUCUCUCAACAUGGACCUGAAUGAGAUUGCCAUGAACCUGGUCCCCUUCCCCCGUUUACACUACCUGGUGCCCAGCCUCACCCCUCUCUACACGCUGGCAGAUGUCAGUGUCCCCACCAGAAGACUGGAUCAGAUGUUCAGCGAUGCCUUCAGUAAAGACCACCAGCUAAUCCGAGCCGACCCCAAGCACAGCCUCUACCUGGCCUGCGCCCUCAUGGUCAGGGGCAACGCACAGGUGUCCGACCUACGCAGGAACAUCGAGAGACUGAAGCCUUCGCUGCCCUUUGUCUCGUGGAACCAGGAGGGCUGGAAGACGGGCCUGUGUUCUGUGCCUCCUGUGGGUCACUCCCACUCCCUGUUGGCGCUGGCCAACAACACCUGUGUGAAGCCCACAUUCAUGGAGCUGAGAGACCGCUUUACUAAGCUCUACAGGAAGAAGGCUCACUUACACCACUACCUGCAAGUAGAAGGGAUGGAGCAGAGCUUCUUCUCAGAGGCCACCAACUCUCUGAGCUCACUGAUUGAGGAGUACCACCAUCUAGAUGCCACCAAAGGGAGACUCAUGCCUGACGCACCCAGGCUCAGCAUCGCCAGAUGAAGAUCCACUCUGUUGUGUAGCUUUCUCUCUGUAGCAAUGAUUAUUCUUUUAAAAAUGACUUCACACAACCAAGUCUUUUGUAUAUACCUUUAUAAGUUAUAUAUCAAUAUUGUCUAAUUUAUGACCUGAUUAAAUGUUUCCCUGUCUGAAAAAAUAAGCAGGAACAACAUGUAAAAAGAGUUUAACUCAAUCUGUAGAAUGAGCUGAUUUGGCUCCCUGACCAUAAUAAUAUGAGGUACUGUUAAUGAGUCAACAUCUGCUGUUACAGCUACUGCACUGGCCAUGCUCCUUGUUGUUAUUGCACAUAUGUGUCCUGAAGACGGGGUUCAUAAAAGCUUUUAUCAUAACUACAA